UGAGGGCUCUUUCUUGUCUUCCUAUUGGCCAGUGAGGCUGUGAGGUCACGGCAUGUGGAUUACUACGUAUCCCAUGAUGCUAUCUGCCAGGCCGGGCUACUUCCUGCUGCUGCUCAGCUUCCUGCUCCUCGCCGACGCAGACUCGCCACCAAAGUUCACACGGACCCCAGAGGACCAGACCGGGGUGCAGGGAGGGGUUGCCUCCUUCGUCUGUCAGGCCACUGGAGACCCUCCGCCCAACAUAGUCUGGAACAAGAAGGGCAAGAAGGUCCAGAACCAGAGAUUUGAGGUAAUUGACUAUGAGGAUGGUUCUGGAUCUGUUCUGAGGAUCCAACCACUGAGGACUCCUAGAGAUGAGGCUGUCUAUGAGUGCCACGUCUCCAACCCUGCAGGAGAGAUCACUGCACUCUGCAGACUCAACGUUUUACGGGAGGACCAGCUCCCCUCGGGGUUUCCCACCAUAGACAUGGGUCCCCAGCUGAAGGUGGUGGAACGCUCUAGAACGGCCACCAUGCUGUGUGCUGCUAGCGGCAACCCCGACCCAGAAAUCACCUGGUUUAAAGACUUCCUCCCUGUCAACACCACCAAUAACAACGGGCGAAUCAAACAGCUCCGUUCAGAGUCCUUUGGUGGCACGCCUAUAAGAGGUAAGAGACGAUUGUCUGGGAGGACCGCCACAGAAUCAGGCUGUUUCCCAAAUGGCACUAGUAUUCCCUAUAAUAGUGCACUACUUUUUGACCAGAACCCUAUGAGCCGUGUAUGGGAAAAUAUAGUGCACAGUGUAGAGAAUCAGGUGUCAUUUGAGUCACAUUCAGAAAUAACAGACCUCGUCCCUCUUUUCCAUUUCCACCAUCGUUGUUCUGUCGUUUAACUAUGAAGCUCAAAGUACCCAUCAAUCGCUUCCUUGUCAUUGUGUGAUCUGUUAUAUAACCCUAAACCCCUUCAUGGUCUGCCCUUCUCCCUUCAUCCUAAUUAACCUGUUAUAUAACCCUUCAUGGUCUGUCCUACUCCCUUCAUCCUAAUUAACCUGUUAUA